UGGAGGACCCCUUGUGUUCUGAUACCCUUCCGUUGGCGGCUUCAUUCCCUUCAAUUAAUCCUCCCGGCGACAACGCAUCUAGUAUAUCUCUUUUGUUAUCGCUUUUCUUCCAAUACCUUUUUUUUCCCUGUAUUUCUAUACUCGCUGCGAGAAGUUCACGUUCCUGUGAAACCGUUCUGCAAUGGUCGAACAAAUCCAGCCGGGGUUGAUCUAUGGAAGAUGCAGCCUUUACGGGCCAAUCACACGACUCCAAUGCGCAGGUAGAUGUAAUUUGCGGGCCCUUAAUCAAUUUCAAAAAUAUGGAUGUCACUCCAUCCUCCUCCGUCUGGCGUGGGAGUGUCCUAAUUGUGACAAAACCCGGUCAAACGCAGCCGCAACUCGUCUUACGCCAGGCUGGCCCUGUCGGAGGCAAUACCUCGGUCAACGGGAGCUUACCCAGUGGCCAAGGCAUCACGAUUGGCGGUCUCCGCCUUUUCGAAGAUCCCCUGAAAGCGUUCUGGCGGUUCUCUAUCUCCCUGCCUCUCGAGUCGUAUGAAGCGCUCUGGGAAUAUGACAUCCCCGGCUUCCACUUUGUGGAGGGACAAGAAGUCAAAUCGCCUUGGGAUUUCGUCGUCCCGUCUGUAGACCAAUCCAUGCGUCUCAUGUUUCAUUCCUGUAAUGGCUUCUCUGUUGGCACAGACAUGAAUGCCUGGGUCGGCCCGAAUCUGUGGAACGACGUCUUGCGCGUGCAUGCGCAAAAGCCCUUCCAUGUGAUGAUUGGGGGCGGUGACCAGCUCUACAAUGAUGGAAUUCGGGUCGACGGCCCUUUGAAAGAAUGGACCUCUAUCUCCAACCCCCACAAGAGACGUGCGCACAAUUUUAAUAACGACUUGCGAGCCAGGUGCGAUGAGUACUACUAUAAAAACUAUGUAAGAUGGUAUUCUACCGAGCCAUUCAAGGCGGCAAACGGACGGAUACCUCAGAUCAAUAUCUGGGACGACCACGACAUCAUCGACGGUUUCGGCUCCUACACAGACCAUUUCAUGCGUUGUUCCGUCUUUCGCGGUAUUGGAGGUGUGGCCUUCAAAUAUUAUUGUUUGUUCCAGCAUCAUGUCGCGCCGCCCAAGUCGACCUACACGACGGAUGCUCCGCAGACCAUGCAUGCAGUUAAUGGAACAGCAGGAGCGGAUCCUCGGCAGUUGGAUGGCACAUUUGUUUUGGAAAAUCAGACCGAGGACGAUAGCUGGAUUGUUGGAAAGCGACCCGGGCCUUAUGUAGAGGAGAAGAGUAGGAACUUGUACAUGCGCCUGGGUAAGCGUAUUGCCUUCAUCGGGAUUGAUGCUCGCACGGAGCGUACCCGCCAUCAAGUGAACUACCAUGAUACGUACGAUCUCAUCUUUGCCCGUCUUGAACACGAAGUGGCUGCGGCCAAUGGCGAUAUCAAGCACCUGAUUCUGCUCCUGGGGGUCCCGAUUGCUUAUCCACGUCUUGCGUGGCUGGAAAAUAUUCUCAGCUCCCCCGUCAUUGCGCCGAUUCGCUUGCUCAAUAAGCGAUUUGGAUUUGCGGGUGGCUUGUUUAACCAAUUUGACGGCCAAGUAGAUCUGCUUGAUGAUCUAGAUGACCAUUACACGGCUCGUCAGCACAAGCGCGAACGAAGGAUCUUUAUCCAACGCCUUCAAGAGUUCGCUAAGGUUCAUUCCGUUCGCGUAACGAUCCUUGGUGGAGAUGUGCACUUGGCCGCUAUAGGUCGUUUUUAUUCGAACCCCAAGCUCGGCCUCCAGAGUGUGAACGACCCCCGAUAUAUGGUCAAUGUUAUCAGCAGUGCGAUCACCAACAAGCCACCUCCGAAGGCAGUUGCAAAUCUAUUAGCCCGAAGAAACAAGCUCCAUCAUCUCGACCCAAAUACCGAUGAGACCCUGAUGGACAUGUUUGAUCAGCAGCCAGGAGGUCAGGAGAAGAGCGCUUCCUGGAAUAAGGUAACUAUGCCGUCACGUAACUACGCAUGCAUCACUGAAGUUGAUACUCCACUGGCCAACGGCGAUGGCCCAACGCUGGAAAAUGAUAGCGCAGUAGUACUGCUGCCCAAAGACGGUCACUUUCCCCUCCAUAAGGGAGAGACUAAUGCUGGUACAAAACACCCUGCGGCUGAUGGCUUCAGUAACAGGAGUGGUAUGUAUGGCGGUCUUGAUAUCGCCAUUCGAGUAGAAAUCGACCCGCAAAACCAUGAAGCUGCCACCGAAGGGUAUGGAUUUAGCAUUCCUCCAUUGGCAUAUGACCCAACGAAAGACAAUGCACGCCCAACUUCACAAGGCCAUUCUGUACGUUCAGGAUCCCAGCGAGUGGAGUCGCCUCCGCAAACUGCUCGUCCUCAGACCGCUGUCAAUUAAUUGAUUUGGUCUGGGACCCUUCAGUACGUUAGAAAUCGGACUGCCGGCUGAGAUACACCUUUGUUAUGAUAUAGCCAGUGUGUAUAUGUAUAUAUGUAUAUAUAUAUAUAUCCGUACCUGUUCAUAUACAUCUAUUUAAUCGAUCUACCUCUUGAUGAUGCUGUGUACGUUGGUAAUCUUGUGUAUUUCAAUACGGAUCUGAGACGAUAA